AUGGAGGUCAGGGACGCCAUCGCUAGCUUUAAGACCCUGCCCGGUGAGUACAGGACCUCGUCAUCUACGACACCUUCCACAGCCGGACGUGACGCCAACGGCCCGGAUGCAAGACGCUUUCCGCAGGCACAAACGCCACCUGCUGGCGGGACCAAACAAGAGGAACACCACCGCGGCCGGUCUUUAGUAUUACACCGGCCAGCUCUCGUCCUGGCCGGAGAGGAAGACGACGCCCGCGACAACUACAAGGGCCAUUUUAUGAAGUGUCUUGAACCUGUCAAUCCCACUGGCUCAGAAACGAGAGCUUCUGGCAGCCACAGCCAGGAUGGUGCCACCAACAGGAAGCUUUCCAGAACCCGGCCUGAACUUGCUUUGUUCACGGCGUCGCCGGGCCCCAAAGGUCGAACUCUUUACCCGGCCCUUCUACGCCUUGGCAGGCUACCUGCGAAACAUGCCUCGCGAAGCGCAGAUGGACCAUAG